AUGUUUCACACCUUUGAGGGUUUUGAGAACCCGACAGCGGCCACUCCUGCCCGCACUAUUCGUCCCCCCAAUCCCGAGCGCCGUGACUCGGUAAGCCGGAGAGUCACAACUCUCCGUGCUUGUACUUCUUGUCGACAUCGCAAAAUUAAAUGCGAUGGCGAGAAACCUUGCGAGGCAUGUCGGUGGUAUAAGAAAGCCGACCAAUGUCAUUACUCGGACCCUCGUCCUUCUAGAAGACAUGUUGAAAAACUGUCUACCACACUUGAUGAAUACCGAAGUAUUCUCGGAAAGUUAUUCCCCACUGUUGCGCCAGAGUCUCUAGUCAACCUGCCGCGCGACAAGCUGCUUGAGCUGCUGGCUGGAUCCUCAUCCGCAGCGUCCCUCGCGCAGGCUUCUGGGACACAACCAGCGCCGAACCCUGCUUCGCCCGCCACUUCGGCUUCGGUGGAAGCGCAUGUGUCCCCAUUAUCUAAUGACGAUGACAAUCUCGAGUCUCUCCAAAGCAUGCCCGAGGAACACGAUGAUAGCCGCCCAAGCUCCACCGACUUGGUCGAGGGCGUCUCUGAUGAUGUCAACGCGCUGUCUCUUUCCGCCCGGCAGCCAUCCUCCUAUCUUGGUGUUUCCUCUAUUCAAGCCGUGCUGAAGGUCAUCGUCUGGCUGGACCCAGGGUGUGCCACUUAUUUCUCCCGAACGCCUCCGACACAUCCACACGACCAGGCUGGAUUGGAGUAUGAUAUGCCAUCGGAGUGGAACCAUGGUGAAGGGGCCUUGCAGACGCCACAUUCUAUCCCACCAACUGAAAUGCAGAUGUUGGAUGCAUACUUCCUGCACUUCCAGGCGUUUGCGCCCUUGAUCGAUGAGCAAAUGUUCCGCGAGACAUACAUGACGGGCCACCGGAAGGAUGAUCACUGGCUCGCGCUGCUUAACAUUGUCCUCGCACUGGGCAGUGUUGCUGCCUCCAAGCCAGAUGACCAGACGCAUCAGACAUACUUCUUGCGCUGCAAGAGCCAUCUGAGUCUGAGCUCUCUGGGAAGUUCCCACUUGGAGACCAUCCAAACACUGGGCUUACUGGGCGGUUGGUAUUGUCAUUAUAUCAGUCAGCCGAAUCUGGCAUACUCUCUCAUGGGUGCAGCCCUGCGGAUGGCAGCCGGGCUGGGUCUACAUAAAGAGUUCGCUGAAAGCCGGCAAAUCCCCAGCCCGAGUAAGCUGGCCUCGAUGGAUCUCAAACGGCGUGUCUGGUGGUCUCUCUUCUGCAUGGAUACAUGGGGAGGCAUGACACUGGGCCGGCCGAGCAUGGGUCGUUUUGGACCCAAUAUUACAGUGCGACACCCGAAUUGUCGCGACAAGGACAACGUUCUCGAGAUCCUCCCAUUGGUGGAAAAUAUCCGAUUCGCUAAAAUCGCAACCCAAGUCCAAGAGUCUCUCGCAGCUGCUCCACUCGUUAAACACCAGGAGAUGUCUCACGCUGAUGCCCAGUUGCUUGACUGGUGGGAAAAUCUCCCACCCGUUCUGAAAGACCAUGAGUCUUGCUCCGAGUCCAUCAGAACCGUACGAACUGUUAUGCGAUGGCGGUACUACAAUCAGCGCAUGCUACUCUUCCGUCCUACGCUGCUGAGCUACGCGAUGCGACGCGUUCCAUAUAUUGCUUUGAGGGCGGAGGAGCGAACUGCGAUAGAAAAGUGUCGCGAGGUUGCUGAACAAUCUAUCCAGAACAUCGCCGCCACAGCACAGCUCAACCAACUCUGUGGCUGGAAUGCUGUCUGGUGGACCUUCCAAGCCUCCCUCGUCCCGCUAGUGGGCCUCUUCCUCAACGACCCCACAGCGGACGAUCCCCGCGCCUCGAUAGAGUCCUGCCAAGCCCAGGUCGAAAUGGCGCUGGCGACGCUCGCGCGUAUGCAAACAUACGGGCAUACCGCGAAGCGCUCGCUGGACGCCAUCGCGCGUAUCUACGAAGCCAGCAAGCGAGGACAGGAUAUCCCCACCUCCAGCAGUGCGGGCUCUAUGCGGUCUAAUAACAUGUACCCCGCUGGUCGGGAACCGGGCAUGAUGUUCUCCCCGCCCGAACCAGCCCGUAUGGGCAUGAUGAUCGGCGAGAAUGGCCUUGCCGAUCCCCUUGCCACGCCGUUUGUGGAUGACUCCGGCCAGUACCUCUGGGAGUAUCUCAGCUGGAGUGACCAGAAUAUGUGGCCGGGUCUCUCGGAUGUGGAUACUCGUAGCGAGGCUAUGGCGUUGUUGACGCCUGAUCAUGAGAAGGGACCCAAGUUCGGGGCUCAUCCGUACUUUGAGCCUAUUCCUGAUUCUUAUUUUGUCAAUCCGCCGGUCUAUUAUUGA